AGCAAACAUCAGUACGGUUUUAGGUCUAGACGGAAAAUGAACAGAUCCUAUUUGGCCAUUUUGGAAUGAUCAACGUUGUCUGACGAGUUAGCCACAGAGGCUGACGCCAUGAGCGAUAAUGCAAGAAACGACAACGAUAAUGUUCCUGAGGACCAGGAGACCAAAGAAGAAGAAAAAGCGCAAGAUGGCACAGGUAGUGCUCAAAAAUCGAGAACAAAAAGGGCAGUCGUGGAUGUACCUCAAAGAGUGAAUGUGGGAGUUGAUGGACAGGAAGAACAAGAAUUCUAAUAAAAUCAAUACCAUUAUGAUUAAGCCGCUUUAUGAUCAUACACUUACGUGUAAUUAUGACUUUUACUAUCAAUAAACCAUGCCGUUAUUCGGACGCACUUACACAAUGUCCAUAAUAAUAAUAAAGGUACUUAGUCAAAGC